GCCCCCCACAGCCUUAUCCACAGCCGCGUCAACGUGACAGAGAGUCACGUGAAUGGUGAUACAGAGCAAUAAUGAGUAGAUUGAAAUACAUGUGAAUCAUUCACAAACUUGCUUUAAUAUCACCGACUAUAUCAAUUAUCUCUGCAUAUUAUACCUUAACUCUUUGUUUUUAUUUUAUUUUAUUCCGUUUGUUUAGAGUGUCCGGCAGAAUUUCGGGAAGAAACUUCAACGUCCACUUUUACUUCUAGUCUUGCCGCUUCGUCACAUGUACAGGACUUAACCAAGUCAUACUCCAGUACCCCUCGACUACAACAAAGGCAUUCAAAGCUCGACUUCAUCGACUUAUCUACUCACUAGUAUUGCAGUCAACCGCGAAUGAGAAACUUAUUCCUGCAGAAUACCUCGAGCAAGGUAUAAUCUACCAUAUCAUCAGCCUCCGUUCGUACCCCUCCGUCCGUCGGACCGGAUCGAACAACAACCGAAGAUGGACUCCAUGAGGAGUCUCAACACGUCUUUGCCUCGUGCUUCGCCGCCGAAGCAGCAGACCCCAAACCCUCCAGAACAACUUCUACAGGCGUUUAAAGAUGCUGCUCUGUCUGUCACAAAACUCUACAAAACAGCCGCCUCAGACCAAACAAAGUUACGCGCAGAAGGCUACCAAGACGCACUCGACGACCUGCUCACAUAUCUCGACAAAGAAGACAUCGGCUUAUCUGACGGCGAAGGUUGGAAAGUUAGGCAAUGGGCUACAGCACGACUCGAUGGCCGGGAUCCGAUUCCUGACAGCGACGACGAAAUGGACAAAGAGCGCGGGUCGAGCCCAGUCGCACAGAAGAAGCCAAAUGUCACCAGCAUGCCGAUACGAAACAGCUCACCAGUACGCCUUGAGUCAGUGCCACCAAUAUUAGAAGUUCCCGAGCCUGUCGAGGAACUGCCAUCGCCACCCACAAUAACUGUUCUCCCACCGACAGGCAAUUUUUCUUUCCGAUCUACGCACCAAUAUCCACAAGAUGCAGAUAUGUCUGAUCAAGGCAACCAAACAGCAGCGGACGGUACCGUUAUUUCAGCUGCGCCAACCUCAAUCACGAUAUCACGGUCAAAUCGAUCAGGUUCGAGGCAAGUGGGCAGGGGAAGGCACAGCACGAGGAAUAACACAAGAAGCCAUGGCAGCGGAAGCACUGGCCAGAAGCGAAAGAUAAAUUUCGGUGAUUUCUUUGAUAUUGGAGAUUUGUCCAAGGAUGGGUUUGGUGGGGGGGGAAAGCGCUCACGGUUAGCUUGAGACGGCCAUUUCGCUGGAAACGACUACUAUCGUGCCACCAAGAGCACCAGCUUCUAUACCGCAUACCCGAACAUACUUCGAAAUUGAGCUACUUCUAGCACGUCAUGAACACGCAUAUCAGGCGUUCGGUUGCAAUACCCAGGCGAACAUUUUACCCUACGGUGUUGUGUUCAGGGGUGGAUCCGGUGGUCCAAGGUUGUGUGUGCUGCAUUUACAGGAAGUUCUAGGGGGGUUUGCCACUCAACUCAGCAUCGAGACAGGCUGGCGGCGGCGGGACGGGAGUCCCUGGAGUACGCAUAUGACGAACAUAUAGACGGAUGGAUGAGAUCAGGUAUUUUGCAUUGCACGGAUUGAUUGGGGACCAUGGUAUCGGUUAGGUCGGGCAUGGGCUGGAACUGGCAUAUUUAUUCUAAGGAAGAUGGCCUGUACAUAGGGAGCAGAGUUAUAUUGAUACCUUGUUUCAAACCAACCCUUAUUCUGAUUUCUAGUUGCCUUGUGGGAUAAUAAAUGGGUGGGGAAUUAGGGUUGAUAGUUAAUACCAUAACUCAAUAGCGCACAAGGACGUAAGAGAACUUAAUGGAUAUUCCAGCGAAGUG